UGUUGAUGCUCAUUGCUCAUCCUCAUUCGAUCAUACUCAUUCAAUCGCCGUAUCGAAGCGUUAAAACAUUCACUGGUCAUUCGAACAUGUGGCUCGUGAAAUUAGGCGCGUUCUUCGCGUUUUGCGCUCUGAACGCCGAAUCCCAGUAUUUCGAUUCCAUCGCGAUAAAAGUGUACCGAAGAGACCAGCCCGUGACGCUCGUAAGAGCUGACAAUGUAAACGACGAGAAAGAAAUCACUGAUGUGCUGAUAGAAAACGAAGUUGUGCCGGUUUUGAAAACGGGGUCCUUCCAAAAUUUGACCCUGUUGAAGAGUAUCUUGAUUCAAGGCAGCAAUUUGCGGAUAUUAGAACCGUCGCCGUUCGUGAACUUGCCCAGUUUGAGGAUAAUCAAUUUGAAUUUCAAUAGGAUCACCGAAGUUCCCGAAGGAGUGUUCGCCAAUUUGACCGUCGCGAAAAUCAGCCUGAGAGGAAACGGGAUAAGAACUUUGAGCCCCUACGCCUUCUACAACCUCACCAACCUGGAGCACCUGGAUUUGAACUCCAACAGCAUCAAGAUAAUCCCCGAAGAUCUCUUCUACCUCACGCAAAACCUGCGAUCUUUGGACUUCGGCUACAACCAGUUGGAGAGUCACAGCGACAUUCGACCUUACAGGUUCUUCCCCGACGUGUUUGCUAACGUUAACGAAGACAAGAAUUCUAUGCUGGAUUUAAGCAACAACAACUUUUUGGAAAUUAACAACAACAUGUUGCUGGGCGUUCAAUUCGUUGGGGAAUUGUUGUUAAGCAACAACAACAUAAGGAGAAUUGGAGACGGGGCUUUGAAGGACCUCAGGUGGAGCAUGCUCGUUGAUUUGGAAGGAAACAACUUGAAGAAAUUGAGUGAUGGGGUUCUAAAGACACUGACAAAUGUUAGGGAUAUUAAUGUUCAAAAUAACCCGUGGGAAAACGACUUUGUUUGUAAAUAUAAUAAGUGGUGCAGCGAUUUUAAUAUCGAAAACACGAUGGAUAUGUCUUGUUUAUCGGCGAAUGAAACAAGUUGGUGGAAUAAUUUCUGAAAUAUUAAUCAAAUUUCGGCGCUGCAUUGAAAAUUAUAGGACAUAUUAUCCAGCAAAAUCCUCGAUUUCCUGCUGUAUAAACCAGUCAUAGCGUCGCUCGUAACAAUAAAACCUUUAAUAUCUGCCAUAUUAUUAAUUAUUAUAGUACUUGCACAACUAUUUUCGUUUAUUGGAUGGCUUUAAUUUCGAUUUGAAAAAUAAUGUGCAGAGGACGCAAUUUAUGUUGACUAAAACCAAUUAAAUAUUCC